CUCAAAGAAAAUGGCCGCCUCCCAGGCUUCAAGAAGAAAUUCAAAGCAUAAGCCCUUGAUUCUCUCUCUCCUCAUCAGCUCUCUCUCCCUCCUGAUCCUCUCAGGCUCUCUCAAGAAAACUAGACACCCUGUCAGCACACCAUCGUCGUCGUCUGCUCGGACAAAGACUCACCUCCGCCAUGCCUACCUUGUCGGGAAAGAGCCUGAACUCCCCAUUUGGUUCCGCCUCGUCGAAGAAGAAAUGAAGGGCAAGAGAGCUCGUGUCGGGUUCGUGAAUAUCGAUGACAUAUCCGACCCCGAGUUCGCGACGAGCGGCCUUGCAAAGGCGGUCAAGGUAAUGUUUGACCCUGUGUCCGGAGACCUCACGUGGAAAAAUCUCUUCCCCAAGUGGAUCGAUGAAGAUCAGAAGCUAUCUAAGCCGUCGUGCCCUGAACUACCGAUGCCAAACUUUGAGGAUUAUCGCGAUCUCGAUGUGAUUGUGGCCAAGGUUCCGUGUGGGGGUGGCGGAGACAGCAGGAGGGGUUUGAGGGAUGUGUUUAGACUGCAAGUUAACUUGGUAGUUGCUAAUUUGGCGGUCGAGAGCGGGCGGGUAAAUCCGGACAUGAACCGGAAAAUCUACGUCGUUUUCCUUGGGUCGUGCGGGCCGAUGAUCGAGAUUUUCAGGUGUGAUGAUCUGUUGAGGCAUGUGGGCGACUACUGGGUGUAUAAGCCUGAGCUGAGGAGAUUGAAGCAGAAGGUUUUGAUGCCUGUUGGGUCUUGCCAACUCGCUCCCGCCUACGUGGAGACCGAAACAUUUGUUGGCUGGUUUCCAGGAAAAGAGAGGUGGAGAGGGUACAAAUUGCAAUCGUCCCUAAGAAAGGCGAACCACACGGUGUAUCGCCCUCGAGAGGCCUACGCAACCGUUCUUCACUCUUCGGAAGCUUAUGUUUGCGGCGCAAUAGCCUUGGCUCAAAGCAUCAGGAGGACCAGCUCGACUCGAGACCUAGUCCUUCUAGCCGACAACUCGAUCACCAACAAGUCUCUAGCAGGCCUACAAGCAGCCGGAUGGAAGAUCAGGCGCAUACAGCGGAUCCGAUCUCCAAACGCUGAAAAGGAUGCUUACAAUGUAUGGAACUACAGCAAGUUAAGAGUGUGGCAAUUGACGCAUUACGACAAGGUAAUCUUUCUCGAUGCAGACCUAAUUGUCCUCCGGAACAUCGACAAGUUCUUCGUAUAUCCACAGUUAUCAGCAGUGCCAAACAAUAGAGUGCUGUUCAACUCCGGUGUCAUGGUGAUCGAGCCGUCAAAUUGCAUUUUUGAGGACCUCAUGUCGAAAUCCUUCAAGUUGGAUUCUUAUAAUGGUGGCGACCAAGGCUUUCUAAACGAGUUCUUCACAUGGUGGCACCGGUUGCCAAGUAGGCUGAAUCACAUGAAGUACUUUGAGAGGCCAAAAGACGAAGAACACACCAUCCCUGACAAUCUUUACACGAUGCAUUUCUUGGGGCUAAAGCCGUGGAUGUGUUACAGGGACUAUGAUUGCAAUUGGGACAAGGAGACUCACCAUGUUUUCGCCAGCGACUCCGCGAAUAGGUUGUGGUGGGAGGUCUACGACUCGAUGCCGAGAGAACUGCAGUCGUUUUGUGGGUUAACUGAGGAGAUGGACUUCAGAAUAAGAAAGUGGAGAGGCAUAGCUAAGGAGGCCAAUUUGGCUAAUGGGCACUGGAAGAUCAAAGUCAAAGAUAACAGGCGCCUUCACUAUUUUGAAUGAAAAGCAUAGCAGUGCAAGAAAGUAGGUAGAUAAAGUACCAACACCAGUGGUUGUAUUUGUAUGUAGCAUAAAGAGUUCUAUAGGUCUUCUUCGUUUUUUUAUAAGUUGGAGAA